ACCUAAGGAGGGGUGGGUGAUGGUUUGGAAAUCUGCAGUUUCCACUGAGCGAGGCUGUGAGUGGAGACUGAGCCCUGAUUAACCCUAUUUGCAGGUAGUGGCUGCAGGUGGGACCCUGGAUUCAAGGACUGUCCAUCAAAUGCUCUCCUUGAACAAAUGAAGCAACCAAAGCUGGCAGAGGCAAUGCCAUAGGGCCCCCAAAACAUAGAUUUAGGGGUCUAAUGUGAUCUCUUCCACUACUCUGUAAGCUUGAAGAUAUAUCUUACUUAUCUCUGUAUGCCCAGAAUCUAACACAAAGCCUGGAAUAUUAGUGAGUUAAUAAAUAUAUGCGGACUGACAGAAUGUGUGACAAACGAUGGGUCAUUUAGCCAUAUGAAAUUAGAUGCACAGGUAACAUCUGGGGGGGGGGGUCUGAAGUGGAAUCUGAUUUUUCAUGGCAACUAAAGUGAAAUUGUAAAGAAGAGAGUAAAAUUGUACUAGAUGCGAAGGAUAUACGUCCCCAGGAGGAUGCCACUCUCCCCGCUGGCCUUAUGUCCCCCUAAAGAAAGAACAGUUCUUUCUCCUUUGACCAAGGCAAACUGGUUUGGCCAAUCAGGUACAAGAUUCUUGGGUCAGGGCCAAAAAGAACAGGACAGUGAGUGGAUAUUUUUGUUCGUUGUUUUCCAGCAGUAGUGGGAGAGAGCUCGUCAGAGAAUGGCUUCUGUGUCCUAGGUGACUUGGUUUCCCUUCUUUGGUUGCUGCCAUGGAGUCUCCUUCAGAUGCCCUUGAGAACUUGUGGUCAGUAAAUCUGCCACUCAGACCAUGGGAAUGAAUGAGCAGGGGCUACAUUCUGUAGAGUCCGCCUGUUAUUGGAGUGUUUUUCACUUCACCUCCUUCCCAAAUUUUCUUUGGGAUUUUUCUUCAGUAUGUGGGCCAGUCCAGAGGUGGAGAUGUUGCAUGGUGGUUUUUGCUACAGUUGGGUUACACGGUGCAUUUGCCUUUGUUACUGGCCUCUAGCUCCUGAUGCAGCUGUGUAGGCUCUUAUAUCCUUACAACCCUAGCUGCAUUCAUGUAGCUUUGUUUCACUGUUGGCUGACAGUGCAGAACAAGAUUGGACCUUGUGCCUUGAGAAGUCCUGUAACAGGUUGGGAGGAGUUCUGACUCUGUUCUUUUCCACUGGGUUUACUAAUAUAUUCUUUUGAGCAGAACACAAAGAUCUCCACAGACCUCUAGGGCAAGGAGAAGACUAGUUAAUAUUCUGUCAACUUGGAACUCCAAGAUCUUGUGUUUACUUGGGUAAAUCCACUACAUGUAGUCACAAUUGAGAAUGAAGUCAUUUUUUUCGUUCGCCAUAAGGGGGCACCCUUGGCUCUGCUUCUUACCUUUUCUGGGCUAGGCAGAGAACUUUGUUGAUUUAGGAGCCAACUCGUAAUUUGAGGACUGGUAAGACCAGCCAUGUCUGUGGUCAUUUCUGUCCGGGAUUAUAACUAAUUCUUGCCUAAUUCGUAAUAUCUGAAAAAUGUUCUCAAAGAAUAACUGUGCCCCAAAUGGGACAUGAAAAUAAAAACUUGCCUAAUAGGUAAGAGUGGUCAGAACCUCAGACAUGAGGAGGAAGUGGGGAAUGCUUUAACCAAGGCGUCACACUUAUUAAGACUGUUGAUAUUAUCUCCAAACAAUGAUUAUUUUGUGUUUGUGGGUAUGAAAUGUGUUAAUUUGUUCAAUGUAAACCUUUAAAGUAUCCUAUAAUUUUAACUCAUUUUUUUUUUUUGAUAUAUGGAGAGAUUUUCAAAAUGUGACCCCUGAAAGACAACAUCAGAUUAUCAUAAUUCUGAUUUUUAAAAAAGUUUGUCAGUGAUUCAUUCAAGAGUAUUUAUUGAGUAUUUAUUGUACUGUGCAAGGUACAGAUUUCAAGAUCAAUUCCAAACUAAACAAGUAAAACCUUCUCUACCAACUUGGUUUAGUAGUACUAAAACAAAUUAGUUUUACACUGUGUAAAUGCGUGUAGUUUUACACGCAUUUUUACACUGUGCCUUCCGGGGUUUUGAAGCCCUCUCAUAAGGCUUUGAUCUUUACAACACCCCUCUGACCGGUAAGGUGAGUAUUUUCUCUGCUUUACAGGCAACGGUAUGCCUUUUAAUGGGGGCGAUUUUACAUGCUUUAAAUAUUUUAAGCAGGUUGUUGAGAGUUCCAGCAAUGUCAGUAGAAGCACCCACUUACAUGUGACACAGAUGGAUCAAAAUAUAAAGAGAACACGUUUAAAACCAAAUAUGUAUCAUCAUCUGUGUCAAAUAAGGCCAUCAAGGACUCUCUUGGGGGAGCUUAUACCCUCCCCCCCAUGUUCUUCAUCAGCAUCCCCUACUGUUUUGGUGUCGAUAAUUAUUGUUUUCUGAGUCUUUUGUAAACUGCCCUAUAAAUGCAACUUCGAUGCCCCACUCCAACACGAACCUCCUCCUGUAGAGGUACCUACCUUGAAAUUGACACUGACCAAGUUCUGCUCUCAGUUUGGCUCUUACUUCCUAUUGAACCCUAGCUAGUCUUGACUUUUCUGAGACUGAGUCUUCAUUUUUACAAGGAGGGAUUAGAUUUUGAUCUUUGAGUUUGCUCCACCCUCUAUGAGUUUUACGUGUUACAGCUGUAAAAUGUUACAACACUUCUCAUCUCUGAUAUCCAGGAAUAAUCGUUUCGGUUAGAUAGAUGCCAAGACAGUCUCACCUAAUUAUGGAAACAAAAAAUAAUCGUAAAGGCCAUGCCAAAAAAGAGAUUGUGUCAUUGGUAAAGGGUUUUUCCAACUACAUCUUCUAUUUUUUCUUGGGGGGGGGGGCAUUACACGUUGUCUCUUGGUGAGUUGGUACCAAAUAGCUUUGAGAUUGUGUUAAAUAUGCACAGACCUGAUUGGUGUACUCUCAGAAAAGUGAUUGGAUCUCUGUCAGAAAGACCACGCCAAGACAAAAAUACACAGAAGUCAAAACCACCUGGAGAAGCACAAGAAAUAGUGUGGCCAAAAUCCUAAUACCAUCACAAGUCAGUAAACACCCCCUUCUAUGGAAAACCAUCCCAGUAAUCCCAGUAAGUAAAUAGACUUAAAUGAUAUCAACCAGUGCCCCAGAAAAAAAAUGAUUCCUUUUUAAGCCUCUAUUUAAAGCCAGUAUCUUCUAAAAUGAGCAUUGAGUUCACAGAUAUCUUUUGAACGUCAUUAUGUGCAAGGUAUGAUGCUUGACACUGUGGGAAAAAAAUCCUAGAAGAUAGACUCUGUGCCCUAAAAAGACCUAUUCAUCUAGCAAGCCAUUAAAUAAAUUUUGUGUAAGUAAGUUUAAAGUGUUUAAAGGUGCAUGUUUGCCAAUGCAGGAAAUGGCACCACUUAAGUCAAGGAUAAAUAGGGCUCAAUUUUACUUGGGUCCAUUAAGUGAUGCUGGUUGUGAUCUGUCAAAAUGUGCCUACUGUUUCAGCAUCCUCCAUGAGAGAGAGUGGACAACUGAUGAGAUUUUAACUGACCACUUUCCCCGAGACAAUUGCAUUUGUAGAUAGGAGGACACAGACUUCUGUCCUGGGGGUGCUUCAUGGGCUGGAAAGGCAGAGAAGCUGGUGGCUAUUCUUCAAAGUGCUGCGAGUAAGAGGGGAGAGCCUGGGCCACGCAGGCUGAAGCUGUGGCUUCAGGUCUUGCUGCUCAGGGUUUUAUGGAGCAUAUUCUAACAGGCUUAGGGAUAGAGGAUGGAAGAACCAAGUAAGGAAAAGAACGUGUUGGUUGAGGCUGGGACCUCAGAGGAGGCAGUCCUGAUAGCAAUCUAUUAGCUAAAUCCAAAUUAAGCAAAUGAAGCCACCCACUUAAAUCUGAGAGAAUCCAAAGCAUUCAAGCAUGAGAGCUGAAACCAAAGAGGAGAACAGCAUGUGCUGAAUGGAAAUUUGAAGGUUGACUUAAUUUCUGUGGAGGGCAAAUCUGAGUGAUAUUUUACUCCUGAGCAGAAUUCAUUUGUAAGUCUGAGAAAGUGAGCUUUGAUGGUCCCUCUGGAGCAUUGAGGGGCCCAAGAGUGAAGGCGUAGUAAAUGGCAUAAGAGACAUUCAAUAGAGUGGUGUAAUUCUCAAAUAAACCUCUUUUUAAAAAUCACCCCACUGCCCCAACACCCCCCAAAAAAAGUAAAGGGCAAAAAGCCCUCCCCUUCUCUCUGAGAUGCUGCUUGAGUUAUACAGAAUUCAAAGGUAGGGUGAUGUCUACCAGGAAUGGGAAAGAAGAAAGUGCCUGGGUUGUCCUAAAGGUGACCUGCAAAGAGCAGUGGAGGAGGGGGAAGACUGAAGAGAAGCCUAGAAAGGACAGGCUGUCUAAGUGGGAGAAACCCCCCAGCAGGGAGGCCAAGGGCCUGUAUGGUACCUGUGUCUGCUACCAUUCAGAUAGCCAAGCAACAUUAGAAAAUUCACCCCCUUUCCUAUUUUGCAUUGGCUGUCAAGAAGCUCAAAGCUGCUUCUGAACAUUUAUCUGAUCAAGACACAAACAGAAUAUCAUAAUAUUCUUAUGACCAACUGAGUUUUAAAAAAAUUAAAAAGGCUGCGGUAGGGCCAGAGGCUGGGGGUUCCAGAGAAUGGGCAUCUAAGGAAUAUCCAUAUUCCAUUAGUGGCAGUUCAAGGAGGUUCUGAAUUAUGAAUUGACCUAGUAUAGGGGUGUGUGUGUAUACAUACACAUAAAACAUCCUAUAUAUAUCAUAUAUUAAUAUAUAUGUUAUGAAUUGGACUAUUACAUAUCCUAUAUUUUAGGCCCAUAUAUUGGUCUAUAUUUUUGUUGUACUUAUUUCCUCAUAGCAUAUGGCUUUAUAUCUUUUAUUUCUCUUUACAUAACUUUAUUUGAUUUUAAAUGCAAACUUCCUCAAUUAUUCUUUAGGUAAAAUGUGGAGUACACAUUUAAAAUAAUAUGUCUCAUUCUGUAACUCUGUUCCAGGCACUAUACUUUUACUUCUGUAAGACCAUGGCGAUAAUAAUCUUGGCAGUGUGGCAAACCCUGCUCUUCUAAGGACUGGAUGAAAUCACUUCAAGUUCCCGUCGCUGGUCUGGACGACCCGCCCGCCAGGUUUUGGGGCUCCUCCAGGGGAGUCUGCGUGAGGUGGGAUCUGCAGCACUCCCGAGCUGGCGGGCAUAGCUCCUCACCGGAGACCCUGAAACUGGAGGAGGCUCCCGUCCCGCCAGUCGGAUUUCCUGCGCUGCUCGCCGCCGCGCGCCACCAAAGACCCGCGGUUAACUCUGCGAAAGGUUAGUUUGCUGAUCACUGCUGGUUACAUCAAUACGGCGAGAGCAGAAAGAAAAGAUCCGAAGUACGAAAGGAGCUCUUUCCGGUGAUGAUGGAAGUAUUCUUCAUCUUGUUUGGGAAUGGUGAGGAUCCAUGAAUUGAGUUGUCAAAACUCGUAGAAACGCUACACUGAAGACCUGUGCAUGGUAUCGUGUGUCAAUUGUACGUCAGUUAAAAAAUCAGAACGUAAUCCUGCGUGCAUGGAAAGUACUGCGUGCCAUUGCGUAACUGCAUACAUGAAUGCCGAUUAAAUGCAGGGGUAGAUGAGUAUUUACAGCAACUAAGCGCAACUCUGUUGGAUUAUUUAAUUAUGCAAGCUCCCCGAAGCCGGGAAAGGGAGAAAAACGGCGGCUGACGUCACUCGGGGGCGGGGCCGAAAGCCCUAAGAAAAGUCGGUAGGACCCGAGCGGCGGCCGCUGUUAGACACCACCUCAUCAUGAGCAGCCGCAACGGCUCCGAGCUCCACGUCCUCUGCAGCUCCGGCCAGCUGUUCUUGCAGCCCCUCUGGGACCGCCUGAGGACCUGGGAGGCCCUCAUCCAGUCGCCCUUCUUCCCCGUCGUCUUCUCCAUCACCACCUACCUGGGCUUCUGCCUGCCCUUCGCGGUGCUGGACGUCCUGUGCCCCUGGGUGCCCGCGCUACGGCGCUACAAGAUCCACCCGGACUUCUCGCCGUCGGCUUGGCAGCUGCUGCCCUGUCUGGGGCAGACGCUCUACCAGCACGUGGUGUUCGUGUUCCCCAUGACACUGCUGCACUGGGCGACCAGCCCCGCCCUCCUGCCCCCCGAAGCCCCCGAGCUGCUCCAGCUGGUCCGCCACGUCGUGCUCUGCCUGCUGCUCUUCGACACCGAGUUCUUCGUGUGGCACGUGCUGCACCACAAGGUGCCCUGGCUGUACCGGACCUUCCACAAGAUGCACCACCAGAACUCGUCCCCGUUCGCGCUGGCCACGCAGUACAUGAGCGUCGGGGAGCUGCUUUCCUUGGGUUUCUUUGACAUGAUGAACGUCUUGCUGCUCCAGUGCCACCCGCUGACUGUCCUGACCUUCCACGUGGUCAACAUCUGGCUGUCGGUGGAGGACCACUCGGGCUACGACUUCCCCUGGUCCACGCACAAACUGGUACCUUUCGGGUGGUAUGGGGGCGUGGAGCACCACGACCUGCAUCACUCCCAGUUUACCUGCAACUUCGCCCCUUACUUCACACACUGGGACAGAAUACUGGGAACUCUGCGGUCUGCUCACUCCAAGUGACAUGCAGGCACCCCUCCCGGCGUAGUAGUGUGUGCUGUGGUGAGGAGUGGGUGUACCUCAGACAUUGUGCGUUUCACCCUUGAAUCGGGAGAGACACACUGGAGGUUGCUUUUUUUGUUUUAUUUGCUGGAAACUUAUAGAGAAAAUCUGAUGUAUUUUUCACAAUCUAGUAAAGUAAUUUAUGUGAUGUUUGUAUGUCAACAAUUAUAUUCUUGAUGUGGAAUUCCAGCUCACUUCAAUAGCUUUGAUUUCUGGGUAUAAAGUAUCCAAAAUCACUGGCGUAUUUAAAUAAUCUCUAAAGGGGUUUGUUUGUAGAACAAGGAAUUUCACUCUGUUUGAAGGUGUCCUAGAACUAGGCUAAAAUAAUAUAUUUUUAUGGAGAAUCUGAUCUCUGACUCUGUAAACAAUGAAACAUGUUCCUGCUGGGCAGUGACUAAGAUUAUUGUGCCUUUUUUCUUUGUUUUCAUAGAACUGUAUAUUUAUAUUGAAGGAAACGUUA